AUGCUUUCCUCUUCCCUGAAACUUUCAGCUUCUCAACUUCCUAUCAAUUCCAUGCGUCGAACUCAUUCUCAUCAUGUAAUUGAAUGUGCACGUAUCAAACGAAGCACAACAUAUAAAAUCUUAGGUGCAUCUCUCGUGAUGAGUGUAUCUCCAUCCGUUGGCCUUGGCCGUGUUAGGUCCUCGAAGGGACCAUACUCCUGCGAAUCAAUGUAUACAGGUACAUACCAGGGGGAGACACCUGAAGUAGAGGAAUCUUGCAAAGUGCAAGUCAUGUCUGAUUUGCCCAUGGAGCAAGUUUUAAGUGAAGAGAUUCAAGUAGAAAAUAAUUGGAAUUCAGUAGAAAUUUCUGACUACGAGAAUGAUAAGGAAAUCCAGAGAAGAAGGAAGAUCGGUCUAGCAAACAAAGGAAAAGUGCCAUGGAACAAAGGAAGGAAACACAGUGAAGAGACUCGUGAGAGAAUCAAACAGAGAACAAAAGAAGCCUUGAAAGAUCCCAAGGUUAGGAAGAAGAUGUCUGAAUGUCCACGUACUCUCAGCAAUCGAACCAAAGCAAGAAUACGCUCAUCACUCAGAAAGCUAUGGGGGAAACGGUUACAAUGGAAAAGGUCGAGGGAAAAAUUGUUGCAAGCAUGGGCUGAAAGUAUUGCAAACGCUGCUAAGAUUGGUGGGAUUGAACAACAAGAACUAGAUUGGGAUAGCUAUGACAAGAUUAAAAAAGAGAUUGCCCUUGAACAGCUUCAGCAGGCUGCAGAAAAAGCGAAGGCAAAAGAAAUGGCACGCAUUCGAGCGGAGAGGGCAUCACAAGCAAAAGCAGAAAAGACGGCAAAGCUUACACUGAAGAAAAAAGAGCGAGAAGAGAAUGCAAAACAUAGAGCAGAACUGAAUAAGAAGAGAAACAAAAAAUCGAAGGAAGAAAAAGAACAGCUGGCUGUUUCUCAUGAGCUAAAACUGAGGGAGAGACUAAUCAAGAUUCACAGAAAGAAAUCCGCAGUUAGUCAAGUAAGCAGUCAACAGAAUCGACCUUGGGAGAAAUUUGAUGUAGCUAUCGUGAAAAAAGAACAAUUGCAGAAGGAAAUUUCACUCGCAGAUCAGAUUCGUUUUGCUAAGAAUAGAAGAGCAGAAUAUGCAACUCAAGAAGCUUUGGACACUUAG